AUGAACCAGCAGAUCCAGCUGCCCAUCCGCCUGAAGCCCGCACGCACUCGAAGCGUGGCUCUAACCCGCCAAAACCAUAGCCAUCUCGCGAGCGCCGGAAUCUUGCUUCACCCCGAGAGCCGCCACGACAGGACCCUCCACAUCCAAGAUCGAUCCCUCCCCAGCGUCGGGAUUCUGGCCAUGAGACACCAUCCACCACCCCCGGAAGAGCCCACGCCCGACCUGUCCCGCGCCGUCGUGUUCGUUGUCACAGGAGCUCCCGGCGCCGGCAAGACCACUGUCGCCGAAGACCUGGCGCAGGACGAAGAGCUCGGUUACCUGGAGAUGGAUUCCCUCAUCGAGCAGGAGGAGCGCCGGCUGGGGUUCAGCCUCUCGAAGCCGGUCCCCGACGGCGAUGGCGAACACAAGGUCGUCCCGAACGCCGUGCUCUUCAACCUCAUCAAGCAGGAGAUCGCGGGGCAGAUGGCCGCGGAGGUGUACGAGUUCGUCAUCGACGGUCUCAUCAUGAUGCCAGAGGCGCAUGACUUCUUAGAUCGCUGCUUCAACUUCCAACACACCCUGCUGCUCCACGCGGACGCGAAGAUCCGCUUCUCCCGCUGGUCGUGUCGGCGCUCGAUGCUGAAUGGGCCCCGGAUCUCCCCUGCACAGUACGACCGCGCCCGCCAGAAGUUCUUCAGGAAUUCGCAGCCCUUCCUGGAUGCCGAUAGGGUCUACCUCGCCGAGACGCAUGAGGGCCUCACGGAGUCAACACGGAUGUUCGACACGGGGGAGAUGCCUUCCAUGUAUUGGUAUCCCAGCCUCCGUCGCUGCGUCCAACAGGUCCUUAUUCAUCAGGCAGGGAGAUACCUCGAUGCCAUGAUUGAGGCCGAGAAUUGA